CGGAGUCCCGCCCCCAUCAGCCUCGAGUUCCCGCCACUCCCCUCCAUUCCCCUCCCAACCCAACCCCCAAAUCUCCCCACCUCUCCCUUCUCUCCAGCGGCGAGGCGAGGCGGGGAAGAAGAAGAGAGGGCGGCGAGGAUGCUGUGGGUGGACAAGUACCGGCCCAAGACCCUUGACAAGGUCACCGUCCACGACCAGGUCGCGCAGAACCUCAGGAAGCUCGUGUCGGAGCAGGAUUGCCCGCACCUGCUGUUCUAUGGGCCGUCUGGGUCCGGGAAGAAAACCCUAAUCCUGGCGCUCAUCAAGCAGAUGUUCGGCGCCGGCGCGGAGAAGGUUAAGAUGGAGAACAAGACGUGGAAGAUCGAUACCGGAACAAGAACACUUGAGAUAGAGUUGGCGAUGUUGUCAAGUGCUCACCAUGUGGAGAUGAACCCCAGUGACGCAGGCUUUCAGGACAGGUAUGUUGUCCAGGAGGUCAUCAAAGAGAUGGCGAAGAAUAGGCCGAUUGAUGCCAAAGGCAAGAGAGCAUUUAAAGUCCUUGUCUUAAAUGAAGUUGACAAGCUCUCACGAGAAGCCCAGCAUUCCCUCCGUAGGACUAUGGAGAAGUAUAGCGCAUCAUGCAGGCUGAUCCUAUGCUGUAACAGCUCCUCAAAAGUGACAGAGGCUGUAAGGUCCCGUUGCUUAAAUGUGCGAGUAAACGCACCUAGUGAAGAUCAGAUCGUCCAAGUUCUGGAGAUCAUUGGGAAGAAAGAAAACCUGCAUCUUCCAGCUGGAUUUGCUGCUCGUAUUGCAGCACAAUCAAACCGUAAUCUGAGACGGGCAAUACUGUUCUUUGAGACUUGCAAAGUGCAACAAUACCCAUUUGCAUCAAAUCAAGUGGCACCUCCUCUUGACUGGGAGCAAUACGUGUCUGAGAUAGCGACUGAUAUCCUGACAGAACAAAGCCCUAAAAGGCUAUAUGCUGUACGCCAGAAAUUCUAUGAAUUGCUAGUCAAUUGUAUCCCACCUGAAAGUAUUUUGAAGAAGUUGUUGACUGAAUUACUGAAGAAAUUAGAUGCUGAUCUGAAACAUGAAAUCUGUCACUGGGCUGCACACUAUGAGCACAAGAUGCGCCUUGGGUCAAAGGCCAUUUUUCACCUAGAAGCAUUUGUGGCCAAGUUCAUGAGCAUUUACAAGGAGUUCCUGGUGGCUACAUUUGGUUGAGCAAAACGGGAAGCUGUAGGAUUGUUUCCUGCAAAGAGAGGACGCACUCGACUAUUGCAUAUUUGCACUGUAUGAGGUCUUCUUGUCUGUAUUUUGUUCGUACCAAACUCAGGUGAACGAUAAGCCAAGUCAUUUCGCUUAGUUGCCACUUGUUACUCAA